AUGACCUCCAUUACUCCUCUUCGACUCUUCAUUAUCGGUGGCCACGGCCGAGUCGCUCUGCGUGUCACUAGCCAAGCCCUCGCACGCGGUCACACCGUCUUCAGCCAGAUCCGCCAGAAGGAACACGCGUCCGACCUGCCCGCCAAGACGACGCCCAUCCACGUCUCGCUCGAAGACGCCUCCGUCUCCAGCCUCGCGCAUCUUUUCAAGCAGCAUGACCCGCACGUCAUCCUUUUCCUCGCUGGAGCUGGCGGUAAGGGCGGGCCAGAGAGGACAAAGGCUGUGGACGAGCUUGGUGCUAUUAAAGUUUUCGACGCCAUAGAGAAGAGCGGCUUGGCAGAGCGUACCGACACCUUCAGGCGAUUGCUUCUCUGCUCCGCGGUGGACAGCAGGGACAUCGAGAACACCAAGCCGGACUGGUAUGGCGCGGAGGACUUCGAGACAUCGCAACGCAUGCGCAAGGUUCUCGGCCCUUACAUGGAGGCGAAGCACAAGGCGGAUGCCAAUCUUGCACAGCGCAAGACGUUCCCCUGGUUCGUGCUACGUCCGUCAACUCUAGCAGACGAAGCGGGCACUGACAAGGUGUCGCUUGGGGAGCGCAAGACCAUUUCGCGUCCCGUGCCUCGCGACGAUGUAGCUGCGACGUUCGUGGCACUGGCUGAACUACCGAGGGGCGAGGGAGAUGGGUUGAUGAACGAUCUCACGGCGGGCGACGUAAGCGUGGCAGAGGCUGUCGAAGGGGCGGUGAGGCGUAAAAGGACAGACUGGCUGGGUUGAAAAUUGUGAAGAAUACGAUACGAUUGCGCUGGUCACGCACCUCUACAACAGACCGUUGGCCCGCAGCCUCUCCUCAUACGCCUCGACCAAUCCGCUCUGCUCCUUGUACCGUCGCUCCAGCUCUCCCGCCCUAAGUUGAGCAUCGUUGCGCUGAGCCUUUGUUCGCUUCACCUCAGCCCGCAGUGCGGCCACCUCUUCACCCCGCGAGGCCAGCUGAGUAUCGUCGUAAAGUCGGUCGAGCUCCUCGUUGAAAGCGCGGUGCAGCUCGGCAUUCUCAAGACGACCGUCCUUCUCCAGAGCGGUGAGGAGCUCGCACUUACGCUGCAAGGCCUCGCAGCGAGUUU